AUGGGCCCCCGUACCGCCUCCUCAUGCUGCUGCCAGGCCCGUAAUCUGCCAUGGGCCCCCGUACCGCCUCCUCAUGCUGCUGCCAGGCCCGUAAUCUGUCAUGGGCCCCUGUACCGCCUCCUCAUGCUGCUGCCAGGUCCAGAGUGUCUCAUGGGUCCCUGUACGGCCUCCCAUUGCUGCUGUCUCCAUCGCCACACUCUGCCAUGUGCCACUUUCAGGUCUCCUCACACUGCUGGUGGGUUCCAUUUUGUCAUAGGGUGCUGUAUGGCCUCCCAUUGCUGCUGCCUCCACCGCCACACUGUGGCUCCACACUCUGGUUUUGGCCCCGUGACUGCCCAAAUGAGUGAAGUGUGCGGUGAUUCUAAGAUCGACGGCACUCAUCUGCAUGUCAUACUGACUGACAGUAUUAUUUCUCUUCCCCAGCAGACUCCAAGGGCAUUUAAAUUAAAGGUACAGUGUUCUGCACUAAUAUAA